AUGGAAAACGAAUGGAAAGCAACGUUUGCGGCAAAAGUUCCUCGUGUUCAUAAAUCUUCGUUUUGUGAGGAAUGCCGUUGUGUUAAGUACGCUAUAACGACGGGAAAACUUGUUAUAAACUUAUUGUUAUAGAUGAGUUUCUUUGAUCGAUUUCUAUAAUAUACAAUAUCGUGUUUCGAGCGUAUAUUUAAAUUUUUUUUUUUUCCAUAAAUAAAUUUUGACCAAUAGGCCGAUUUCAAUCACGAGAUUUUAAGUUUCGAUUAGUAUUGAUCCUCUGCAGUUAAUCUAGAAAUAUUAUUUACUCAAAUAGUGAUUUCAAAUUUAAAUGUUAAAAUGAGUAGUUAUAAGAAUACGAAAGUGAAAAUGCUAUACGCCUUAUCUUAGUCUAUAAAAAAUCAAUAUACUAUUUAAAAUAUUAACAAAUCUCGUAAUAUUAUAUAGAAUAUAAGACUUAUAGCACUAAAUUCUCAAUGUUUAAAUGAUUGAGCAAUUUUGGUGACAUAAAACGAAUAUCAACUCAAAAAUAUUCAAACUCACAUCUGAAUAAAUGUAUAAAACGUAACAUUAAAAACCCAAUUCACGAAAAAGUAGGGGAAAUAGAAAAAAAAAGAACUGAUAUUAGAAACGGGUGCGGCUACUAUUGUAGAUGGAUAAUUAAGAAGGUGGGUUACAUGAAGUUUAAUCUAAAAAGAUUCGAGUUUAAAAAAAAAAAACAUACAAAUGAUUAUAUUUUACAUAUAUUUAGAUAAAACAAAGAGUGGAUAAUUCCUAUACUAAUUAUCUAUACAUGGGGAAUAGUAUGUCAGAAGAGAAUAUUAAUCAAACCUAACCAGAAUGAUGAAAUGUAUAGUUAUACGGUACAGUUAUAAUAAACGGAAUAGGUUCUGUUGUAAUUUUUGUUGAAAAUCUAAUCAACUCCAUGUCCAAUAUAAAACUAUAUUGAUAAUAUUACGCAUAUUUGUAAAAAUUGAAAUUAUAUCCACUUGUAACCAUUUUAGUACCUAACGAAUAUUCACUUAGGGUACUUUAUUGAACGCAACAGCAUGAUUUAUCCAUAUUUGAAUAAUCUAACAUAACCUUACUUUUUUUUUUGCAUUUCUGAUAGCGAAAAUUAAAAGAAACCGUUUAACAAUCAGUGCAAUUUCCCAGUUUUUUUUUCCAUUUAGAAACUUAUUUGUCAUCACAAUUAUAAUCUUUCUGUACCCAUAUCAUACAUUCAUAUCGAGUCAUUUGGUCAACAAAUGUAAUGAAAUAACAAAUAUACACGUAUAGUUUAUGUACAAUUAUAAUAAUAUAAUAUAAAAAGUAAAUAAAAAGUUAAUCAAGUUAUCCGGCCUAUAUAUAAACUGUAUUUGAGUUACAUAACAAUAUUUUGAUAAAACCAACUCGUACUGUUGCAGUUGUCCGUAUCAAAUGCUACUCAAGUGGUUCUGCGCGACGUCGGUUUCAGUUUGUCCGGAAACUUGAGCUGCGAGGUAACAACUGACGGGCCUUCUUUCAAAACAUCGCUUGUAUCAAAACGAAUUGUCGUCGUGGGUGAGUAAAAAAAAAAAAUACAUAAAAAGAAACUAACAGCUACCUAUCCACUGAAUUUCUGUUUGCUUUACCCGGUUAAUAUUAUUAUUGCCGAGCUGUCAGUAUAACUUCUCACCAGUGGAGUUCAUUAAAAAUAAAAUUGUCUAUCCAUUUGACAUUUUUUGUUAUAGCUAGUUUAGUAUAUUGUUUUUAUAUGUAUAAGUAAUGUAGUAGUACCAAGUAAAAUAAUUCUUAAACGUAGAUAUAUCUAUUAAAAACAAGUACCAUUACAUUUCAUUUUCAUAACAAAACCACGAGCAAGCGGUUUUUUUUUUUUUAUUUUAGUGGUUAGGGAUUGUUUUAUGUUAUAAUUACAGUAAUAAUACAACUUAAAAAAUAAUAGGUGCCGUCAUUUUAAAAUACUUACUUAAUUAUUUAAUCCUAAUAUUAUAUUAAAUUAAUAACUUUAAAAAAUAUACCAAAACGUUUGUUCUCUUAAAAUUUGUAAAGGACUUUUCUUAAACCAAAUCACACGUUUUCAAUAAAAUAAAUGUUUUUUGUGUUAACUGAGUAUUCAAUGGGCAUCAUAAUUGUGUUAAAAAUAGCCGUUUUAUUGAUCUACGUUAAUUUAUAUAAUAAUUUAAUGUUUUGAAAGGUAUGUUUUCAUACGAGUGCAUUGAUAUCAACAACGGGUUUACAAAUUUAGACGGUGUAACAAUAGUAUAGCAAUACAUGUUUAGUUUCUCGUCAAGACUUAAAGUAUAAUAAGCAAUUUUUGAUUUCUGUAAUUUCUAAAAUUAAUAUAUUGUAAUACGUGCUGGUUGCAAAUGCAAUCGGAUUAUGAGACUUUAUCCCCAUUCCCCCGCCCUUCUUUCUAAAUACAAAGAAUUGAAUAAUUUGUGUGAAAUGUUUAAAAACAAAAAAAGCGAGUAUACCAGCAGUUAAUUUAUAGCGACAAAAUUUUUUUUUUUUUUUUGUUCAAUAAUCUCUUCUAUCCUCUUCAAGAUGGAACUUUUUACGACAUUUUGGCAAAUUUAUCAAAUAAAGGCAGAAAAUUCCAAAACACUACGUUUUUGACGACCGUUAACGACGUGCUUUAUCGUUGUUCUCAAUAAUUAUAUAAAAUGAACUAAAAACGGCCAAUUCAUGGUACGAAUUAUACUGCUUUUUUUAAUCUUAUCAAAUCGAAACAGUUCAUGUCAUUUUAUACGCAACGAUACAAAUAGAGAAUAGAAUAAAAACAUUCUUAUGGUUUUCUAGUUACGAAACGUAAAUAAUACAAUGAAAAAACAUACUCCCACUUGAUUGCGAAUAAUGUAAUAACUGGUGGAGUUUAAAGGCAUGAAGAAUAAAAAAAAUCAAAUUUUGAAUGUUAAAUAAGAGCAUUUUAAUAUUAACCCUAUAAAUUGACAUCCCGAGGAAUGGUGGGAUAAUACUAAAAUACAAUAUGCGAUGUACUUUUACGAUAAUUAUUAGAUAUUUUUUAUGGAUUUCUUUAACAAACUUUCAUCGAUCGGUUGAUGCAUCUCAUAUUUCAAAAAAAAAAAAAAAAACAAGCAAAAAAUGAAUUCAUAAAUAUCUACCCAAUUUGAACUCCUGUAUAUAUAUAUAUAUAUAUAUAUAUAAAUCUAUGUCGGUCCAGUUCACACGUUGUACACGACGAAAGUGCUUUGGAAAAUUACCUCACAGUCGGAGCAGAAAACGAUUAUAUUAAUAUAAUGUAAUACCGGCUGAAAUACGUACGUACGUUUUACAGUCCUAACACGUGGCGAAAAUAUACAUUUUGGACAUUUCGACCAAAUCGAUACUCUUGGUAGGCACCGAAGGCUUGUUACGAUUUGUACAAAAUGUGUUAUGCACAAUAUGCCAAGUCACUAUAUAGGUAACACGUGCCGUUUAUGUUCGCAAUACGUACUGUGCAUUUAGAAAUUAGCUGAUCUCAUACGGUAAUUACCAUUGAAAAUAGGUUCCUAAAACUCGGAGAAAAACGUGUUGUAUAAAAUAAUACAAUAACUAAGUAGGUGUAUAAUUGAAUAAGUACGGAUCUUAUUAGUGUGGAGGGGCCGACUUUUCAAUGCCCGCCAAUCUUGUUUCUUGUUUGUCGCGCGUAAAGCAGCACAUAUUUUCGUAACUUUAUAGGCGAUUCUGAUUGUAAAGUACAUAAUCUAAAUUAUAAAAAUGAAUCGUGACUUCGGAACCGAAGGCAUCUGUUUCUUUCUGACGUUAGCAUCCGUAUAGUAGUUUAUUUAAAAAAUUCAAAAGUUGUUUAAAUUUGAUAUCCCCCGAGAAUAAAUUCACUCCGUUCUGAAAAUUAUGAACGAAUUCGCGUUCCAUAUUGAAGUCAAUUUGCAUGAACAUUUUGAAAAAGUUGAAACUUUCGUUAAUUUGUUUAUUAUUCAAACUAAAUGGCUUCCUAGUAAAUACAUUAUGUUUUACACUUUUACCUUUAUUGUUAUAAUUAAAACUCUGUUAAAAACUAUAUUUUAUCCAUUUUAAUAAAGUUUUAGACAACUAUAAGUAGGGAGUUGGUACUGGGUUACAUGUGUACAGUGUACACGUGUAAUUAAAAAUUUUGUGCUGGAGACCGUGUAAUCCGAGUUCUCAUGAACUCAUGAAUACCUUAUACGUGAAUACACUUGCAAUACGUGGUGGAGAACGCGAAUAUUCAAAAUAAAUAAUACGCAGUAAAAUAAGUGUUCUAUCGAGGUCUCUAGUAGGCGCAAUAAAAUAUUUCAAAUAUAUAUUCAUAUAUUCAUAUAUUAUAUGUACUUGUAUAUGGGUGUUCGAAUAUUUUCAUUAUAAUUACAAUUAUUUUCAAAAUAUUAAAUAUGUUAUUAUAUACAACUGUAACACAGAAUACACGAACAAUAUUUUACUACAGGUUUCAGUUAUUCGGGAUAUUCAUUAUCAAGUCAGCAGCGAUAUCGGCUAGGUAUUAUUAUUUUAGCCAUUUGAUCAUUAGGUGCUUGAUAGAAUAUAAUAUUACAUUUUCAUAUUGAGAUAUUGUAAAUGAUCGACGGCUGACGACACGAUAAAAGAUAAAACUACUGUUGCUCAUCAAUAUAAUUACCUACUUUUUUAGUAAUAAUCGUGUCUCGUAUACGUCAAUUAACAUAUAUCAACAAUAGUAUUAUCUUUUAUCGUGUCGUCAGCCAUCGAUCAUUUAUAAUACCACAAAAUCAACAAUAUUGUAAAAUAAUAUUAAAAUUCCGAAUAUUAACAUCAUGAAAUUUAAAAUUAAUAAAAAACCAAAACAAACGAAAUCAUCAAUAAAAAUGUUUAAGCUUACUUAUAUAUGGCAUUUUAUUAAAACACAUUUUUUAACAAUUUAAAUUCUUUCAUUUUCCCCUUCUCCUUUCAAAAAAAAAAAAACCUUAACAUGUCAUAUAUUUUCCAAUAAAUUCGGUUUACGUAUGUAUAGGUAUAUUUUAAUUUUAAAAAUCGUAUUCAUUAAUCGAUAAAACAUAUAUUAUAAUUAUUAUUUGUCCACACAUAAAUGUAGUCGGCGUGUACGAAAUAAUAAUUCGUCGUUUAAACAUUUGUUUUGUACUUGUAAUAGUGAAAUUGCGUUUGAAAUUGCGCAGGUACGUUAGCGUUUUUGGGUGCAAAAAUCGUAUACAGUUAGCCAGUAUAGGUAUUAAUUUAUUGGUGCAAACAUUCGAAUCGCUGUGAGUAAAAUUUAAGUGUAUCUUAAUAUCCUUGGCCAUUAGACGUGAAAUUCUAUAGACCUUAAGAGUUUACGAGUACCCCGGCAUCAAAGUUAAAUAGAGAAAAAAAAUAAGAAGAAGUACUUCCUGUAGUUUAAUACCCAUAACGAAAAGUAUAACGACUCUAAGUCACCGAGUACAAUGCUACAUCCGACAAAAAUGAGACCAUGGUCCGUAGACAAAUGUACAAUGAGUAUUCUUUUUAUAAUCCGGAAAUAACUUUAGGAAAUAAUUAUUUUCAAGUUAUAACAUAACUUUUCAAGUAUACAUUUUAUAAUUAAAAUGAUGAUUGAUCACCUAUAGACCGUAUAAUAAUAAUAUUAUUUUGUUUUUUCAUUAUACACCUUUUUUUAUAUGAUUUAAAACGUAUAUAUAUAUAUAUAAAAAAAACAGUACAACUAUUGUUCGUACAGUUUAUUGUAGCACUGUAAAAUUUAUAAUUAUUUUUAGAUAGUUUUCAAUGUUACUUGGAUAAAAAUUCAUGUUUUUAGAUUCUAGUUAUUUCUAUAUAAGACAUUGCAGGUUAUUGUAAUCAAAUGUAAUUUGCAAAACUAUGUAAUAUGCGAAUUGAGCUUUUUUUUUUUUUUUGCAAUUUAAUUGAUUGCUGUUUUUACUACCAGAUUUUCGAAAACGAACGGACUAUGCGACCGGACGAUAAUAAUAUAUGUCUCGAAAUAAGGUCAUACGAAAAUAUAUUUUUUAUUUUAAAUGCACGUCCGGUAGUUUAAUCCGCCCACCGACCCCCUCACCAAAAAAAAAAAAAAACCUUUUAAGAUCCUAGUUCAUCGGAACGGACAUUGGAUAUCGCGAAUUAUAUUUCAUACAAGUAAAAGACGAAAAAAAAUAUAAAAUCCUUUUUGUGCGCGUGUUUUUGUCGAAAUUAUGUUCGGACGUCCAAUAUCCCUCGUGCCAUCUAUCAUAUGACCAUUUCUAAAGCAUCAUAUAUAUAUAUAUACUUUCCCCCUACUAUUCACAAAUACAAGUACGUUUUCUAUUGGCUAAAAGGUAUUGGAGUCAUUUUUCAAAAUAAAUGCGAACUGGAAAAAUAUUUCAAUAUUUUUUGGGGCGCGUAAUAUUUGUGUAUAGACAUGGUAUUUACACUUGCAGGAAAAUAAAUUAAUUUAUUAAUUAAAUGUAGUCAAUUGAUAUUAAUAAUUUUUAAAAUCUUCAGAAAAAACUUUUGAGAAUCUAAGCAAACUACCACUGGGCGGAAAAUUUUACUAAAAUUUCGUCAAUAUUCGACCAAAAACGUAUCGUUAGUCGUUAGUCGAAUACGUUUUUCUAUCGUUAGCCGUCUAAUUUAAUUACACAAUGUACACACUACUACGGUCAUACGUGCGGUUAAGGGGCGCUAAGGUGUUCUUUAGUACUCCCGGCAUUGAAAUUAGAAUCCAUAGAAAAAAAAAAAAAGCGCCCGAUAGGCUUUUUCGUUGUGACGACUGAAUAUUUUAUCCGUGUAUUUCGUAACUACAAACAGAACAAAAUACAUAUUACCUACGGAAAAUCCACGUAUGCGCGAAAAAUAACGUGAAAAGUGUAAAAGGAACCCCGGGGGAGAAGGGGGGUGGGGGUUGCGGGGUACGGCACGGAUCUUUGAUGCGUCCAUAGUUUUAGCGCGCCCAAAGUCGAUUCAAAGUGUUCAUCGCCCGUCGGAACCGUGGGGCCCGUCUCGUUCAGGAACGUGCUAUCGAAGGCCUAUCCGUUCCGCGUAAUCGACUGCACUGACAUCUCCGUCCCCCUUUGUUUCGUUUCGCGCGUCAUUUUUAUCCGUUUAUUAUUGUACCCCACGCACACACAUACAUAUAUAUAUAUAUUGAAUUAUUCAAUGGUACGGACACUUCGUUUUACAAACGUUAACGGGGAUUUUUUUCCCGGGCCGUACACGAUAAGUAACAACAACAUACAUGUAUAGAUGUAUCGUCGCCAUCGAUUACCGCCGCAGUGCUAUACGCGUAAUGCGACAAGUGAGUAACGCUCUUCGGUUAUAAUAUAGUACGUUCGGUUAAAAGAACUUUUAGCAUCACUGCACGAGAUAGCGUUAUUGUGUUCGGUAUCUCGCGACCUAACGCCCCGCAUACAUUAUUCUAUUCGCCGGCCAUUGCAAUAACACUACGAUAUAUUUAUAUAUAUAUAUAUAUAGAGAGAGAGAGAGAUAUCGCCGCAUAUAGUGUAAUGUCCAUAAAACACUAAAAAUUCGAUAUAUAUCGUAUAUAUUGUUUUCGGUCACAUUUUAUGUACCGAGAGGGCCUAUAAGUGUUUAUUGGUUUUACGGGCGGUGUGAUGUAUUUUUAUUUUUGUUUCUUUCCAUCGCUCUUUCUAGAUUUUAUCUGCAUUUCGGGCAGUGCCCCGUAAAAUUAGCCGUCCAACCCGAUACACCGGUAAUAUAUGCAAUCGAUAUAUUCGACCCGAAACGUAAUAUUUUAAAAAUACGAAUCCGAUAAAGUAAAUAUUAUCGAAUAUUCGGGAGAAAAAUGACGGUACGUUUUUAUUAAAAGAAAUAUAAAUUAUUGUUUUGACGUAAACGAUAAAAGGUUAUCGAAACAAUACCUGCCCAAUUCAUUCGCGGAAUAUCACAAUGACACAAACUUCCCAAUAAUUAUUCGGUGUUCAUUGUAAAUGUUUUUAUCGAGAAACGCGGCCAAAAAUUUCGCUUAGUUUAAAUACAACGGGGUCGCGUUAAUUAAUGAUUAAGCACCUCGGCAAUUGCAAAUCAUAUUGAACGAAAAUUAAACGAAACGAUCAAAGUUUUCACAGUCCCGUGUAAUACAUUGAGCCCUAAACGUGCAUAAUUGUUUAUUAAAUGUAUCACGCUAGCGCAAUCGAAUGGUAUUGGCUAUGUUUCUUUGAUUAUUAUUUUCGAAAUUUAUCGCAAAAACAAAACAUCGGCUUUUCGGGCUUUGUCCAAAACUGUUUCCGAUAUUUAUUUGUAAACCGUACGUUACAUAUUAUAUUUCUUCGUUUCAUUAAAAUCUUCGAGUAACAGGCUGUUUGUCAGUCUCCUUGAAAUUGUAUAGCUAUCGAGAAGCCGUAAAACAAAAAUAAUUAUUGUGUCUGUGAUAGGUACGGUUGGCUUAUGGCGAUUUUAAAUUCCGAGCGUAGUAAUGGAAUGUAUUGAUUCUACAACGAUGUGUGGGUUUUUUUCGUGUGUCUUAAAUCUUGCUCCAAUCGAAAAAACGGAAAAAUACAUUUUUCGUUGCAUUUCGGAAUCUAGUCGGAACGUUAAAUGUAUUAAAGCUUUAAUACAUAAAUAGGUUAUUUUUUGAUUUUUCUAUUUUUGUCGUAGUUUGGUUAAAAAACAAUCUUACCGAUCUGGUUUCUCACAGAAUUUUUAUUUGAUUGAUGUCAAAAAUGUGAAUUGCACCUAAACAUUUCUAAACGCUACUCUAUGAGUUUCUAUAGGUCACAAUCAACAAUAAAGUUUGUUUAUUUUAUAAAUAACAAUCGGCUCGAAUCAGUUUUUCACACCAAAGAUCUUGGUAUUCAUUUUUCAUAUGAUUUAAAUUUUAAUAAACAUAUAGAGAGCAUUAUUAGGAAAGCCCUAAAAGUUUUAAGAUUUAUAAAACGCCGUUCAUCUGAAUUCAAAAAUCCGCGAUCAUUCAUUUUACUAUACAACGCAUUAGUUAGGCCAAUAAUGGAAUUUGGUUUGAUUAUAUGGUGUCCAUACACUAAAUCGGGUAUUGACAGUGUCGAACGUGUCCAAAAUCGUUUUUUUGAGAUUUUUAUCUUAUAAAUUAAUUAUACUCAUAGAAAACCAUAAUUACAAUCCAAUCAGAUUAAACUUAAACAUUCAAACCUCUUCAUUACGUCGUGGACUUUCAUAUAUAAAUUUUAUAUAUUAAUUAAUUAAUGGAUUUACCGAUGCCCCCUCUCUCCUGUUUUCCAUCCCUUUUAAUAUUCCUUCUUACAAUAACCGCUCAGUUUCUAUUUUUUAUAUACCUUCAUACUGUACAAACUUUAUCACUAACUUCCUCUUUCCAAGAGCGUCGUCUCUUUGCAACAAGAAUACCAACGUCGGUUUUUUCUUCACGCCUCUAUUUAAAAUUUUAAACUCGCAUUGAGAUAUAGACCAACAGAGUUAAUUUUAAGUCAUUAUUACUAUUAAAUUGUGUUUCUACUCUGUUUUUAUUUAUAAAUAAAAAAAAAAAGAAGAAUACUUAUAUUAGCCUUUUAUCGGUGCAGUAAAUUUCAAUUUUACAAACCAAUCUUUUUAAGCAAUUUAUAGAUAUUUAAAUUGAGGCAUUUCGCGUAGAGUUAUAGAGGCAGUUGAGGUGGUUGUGUUCAGGGGGUAUUUUGGGUGUAGUGUUGUAUAGUUGUGUACGGUACCCGCUCUGCUACGCAUGGUGGUAUAGUAACAAUGGUUGUAGUGGUAGUGGUAUGAGAGAGUGUUUUGGGUGGUGAUCCUAUUCUAUAACUAUACUUUUAUAAUAUUCAAAUUUAAAUAAAAUCGUAAAAAUCAUGCCAAUUUAAACCUCGUUUAACUGAACUUUGUUCAUAAUCGUAUUUUGACAGCGUUCAUAUACGUUCUUGUACAGAUACAAAUUAAAUAACUUACAAUGUGUCCUACUUUUUAAAUUUUUCAUUUAUAACAACAGUGGCACAUUGGCUAACUCGUCAGCAGUAUCAGUUCUUUUUGUUUUUUGUUGGUGAACAACUUCUCUAACCAGAAAUCAAGCUUCAAUAUUCUGUUUAGUUUUUUUAAAAAUCAAGAAAAACAUAGGAAAAAGAGAAAAAUGACGUAAAUAACGGUUUGAUUAGAUUAAACUGUUUUUUUUUUUUUUUAUUGUUUUUCUGUUAAAAAUAAUCGCAGAACAUUUUUAGUGGUUUUAUAGCAAUUUGAAAUUUUAGAAUUUGUUUAGCUUUUAUUUAGCUUUAUGAUGUUAAGAAAAAUAAUAGUAUAGCUGAUCAAAGAUACUUGAAAAUUUAACACGAGAUUCAUCAUAGGUUAUAUUUAAUAUCAAAAAAAAAAAAAGUAUGGCUGUUAUAAGUAACUUAAAAAAAUGUUUUAAAUUAAGUAUAUGUACAUACAUAUACUUACAUCAGUUGAAAAAUUUACAUCUUUUUGCUAACUACAAGAGAAAUCGACGCAUUUUUACUUGCUAAAAAAAUGUUUGCCGAGAAAAAAAAACAUAACUUUGUAAAACUAUUGCAUAAAAGUUUCUUCGUUACACUCAAAAUCUAAAAUAAUAAUAAUAAUAGAAUUUCGGAGCUUAAAUUAGUACCUAAUUAUCUAUAUUAGUGUUAUAUUUAUAAUAUAAAAUAUCAUAAACGUCUCAUUAUAAUACUGCGUAGGUAUUCAAACGGACUGAAGCUUUAUCAAAAUGGAUUUUUUUACAAGUAAAUUCGUCUUUCCAAUUAAAUUUUAAUUAAUCAUUAUAAUAUUAACGAGAUAUUUGCUUAGGUAUGUCUCUGCAGUCCAUCCCGAUAGCAAAUAUUAAUUUCAUGUACACACUAUACGUAAGCUGUAAGUAUCUUAGAAAAAUACCUUCUCAGUGUAAUCCCUGAAUUUAAAUAGGAAAAUUCGUUAAGUCUUUUCUAGUCAAAAAAUGCCGACUGUCUAUUUAUUUAAUUUCACCGAAAACGUGGGACGGUCGGGUUUGCUAUCUACUGCAGGUCUCUCAUUAAACCCACUCAUUUAUCCGGAAAACUGUAGGUAAUUUUGUUUACCAAUAAGGUGCGAAACACGCUCGGCUUAUCAUUUUUUUUUUUUAUCUUAAACCAAACGAAGAGACUCGCGUUAAAUUUACAUAAUAAUGUAUACUGCUGUGGUAUUAUAUUCUAUUAUUACAUUGAUAUGACGACUAUAUUACAAUAUAUAACAUAUAUUCUUUCGCUUAUCAGCUGUGUGCUCCGGGCAAUUCGAUAAGUUUUUGACCCAGUAAUAAUAAACUAACCACUAACCAGUAAAACACAAUAACAUAAUAGGUACUGGUAGUGUACUAUUCUCGUUAUCAUCGUAAUGUAGUAUAAUUUUAUUUUACUUGCAUCUUAUUGUUAUCAGAUACGACUACAUGAGACGAGGGUACUGAGGCUAGACACCAGUGCUUAACACAAAAAACUCAAACUGCAAAACAUUAUAUUAAUGGACUUUUUUUUUUUAACGGACUUAAGUCUUGUGUUGGUCGUUUACAAAGAAGAUAGUUUUUUGGUAAAUUAUUAUUAUCUUCUUCUAUAUCUGUACAUUGUAUUAUUAUAUUAUGUAUAAAAUAAAUUUCUGUCUGUUUGACCGCGAUAAUCUUGAGAAGUGCUGAACGGAAUUGGACGUGGUAAUUUACAAUGUUGCGAUUUAAAGUUCUCGAGGCUAUACUUAUUGUCCUGGAAUGGAGCACUAAUAGAAUGGUCAUUAAACUAAUAGCCAUCAUAGACCAUUAAAUUUCAUUUAUCAUAAUAAUAACUGAAAAUUGACCAUACACAGCACAUAUUAUAAGUUUUGGCUUUUCACAAUUUUCUAAAAUUCAAAUUUACAGAAGAGUUCCUCGUUUUAUUUUAAACAAUAAUAACGUUAAGUUUAAUUAUUUUUAUUUUGGAGCUCCCCCUCCCCCUUGAAAAAAACUUUUUAAUAUUUAAAGUAUAUAGCGCAUGAUCAUAAUUCAUAAAAUAAGACACAUCAAAUAGGACGAAAGUCAGCUUCGGAAAUAAAUCGAUUGUAAUAUUUUGCUCAGAACCGAUUUUAAACACGCGGAUGGUAUAUAUAUAUAUAUAUAUAUAUAUAUAUAUAUAAAUAUGUAAAUAUAUGUGAUAUUUUAUGCUUAACCUUACGGUAAAUCCAAAUCGCUCCGUCGGAUUACAAUCCUUUGUUUUUUCGGUCACAUUAUAUUAUUAUAACUCACCGACUGUAAAGCAGUUGUAAAUUUGUAAACGAAUUAAUUAAUUUUUUAAUUAAAUCAAUUUUCUCGCGUUCGUUAUAACAAAUGGCCGGGAUUUUUGGCGACACGUUGAAUCUCGCCGUUAACGAUUUAUGUCAGUACAUAAAUUUCAUCCAGCUGCCCCGAUGGAUUUGCCGACGAGCGGAGGAGGAUGGGCCGCAAAACCGUUGAACGCGUAAAUCUAUUUUUUUAACCACCCCCUCAGCCUUGUUCACGAAACUUUGUCGAAAAAAUGCUCUUUAUUAAAACAAAAACGACGAAAGUACGUCUCGAAUAAAUGCAAUAAUUUUAAAACGUUUCUUAUUAUUUUUUUUUUUCGACAAAAAUAAAAUGUAAGUUCAUUUCUAUAAAACAUCGUCUGGUAUCCUGUAAUAUCACGUAUUUUAGAUUUCAAGUGUAAUUAAUACGUAGAUUUUAUUUUUAUUCAGUUCUACGUUACUUCGGCUUUUAAUGGCGUAAAAACACUACUCAUAAUGGUUUUAUACAUGUCGCCUGUAGUUUACCAACUAUUUUUAGAAUAGGUUUUUGAUUAUAAUAAUAGCAACAGUCAAUACUCAUUAAAUUAAAUUAUCUACUUAUAUUUUAUACUAUUGUAACUUCCCAUCUACAACAGUGGACCAUCUACUGUGCGCGUACUAUGUCCGAAUGCGUUACGUUUUUAUUUUUAACCAUAAUUAAAACGAAAUUACAAUUAUUUUUUCCCCUCCAAAGGCGAGACAUUUACAUUCUGACAUAUAGGUUAUAAUAGGUAUUAAUUAUUAUUAUUGUGUAUAGAAUGUUUGCACGAGUGUAUUAUCAUUAUCUAUGCGACCGUAAUUAGGUCAUGCGAACUCCUUCCCUCUCCUGUAGUUUAACGCAGAACCUAAUUAAUACGCAGUCUAUUGUAAAUAUUUGCUCUUAGACAACUUCCAAGGAGACGGUAUGUGUAACUAAUGAGAUAUUUAAUUUCCAUUAUAAUCUGAUAAGCUAUAAUUACUAUUGUGAAUAUGUCGGAAAAUGAAAUUUUUUAAGCUGAUCGAAAAGUCAAAGUUUGUAUUAUCUAACCAAGAUUUUAGAAACCAAAAUUAUUGCCAUUGAAUGUAAAUUAUUACAAUAGUACAAAUUUGUUCUUUAUUUUUUGCCGUUUCUAUUUCUUUAGAUUAUUGUUUUAUAUUUUAAGCGGAUUGUUGCCGUUUCAGUUGAUUUCACACUAUUUUUAUCCAUUUUUACACGAACAACAUAUUUAUCAAUUUGUACAGGUUGUAAAUUCGUUUUAAAGAUACUAAUUAAAAAGUUUAUUUUAUAUUUUUGUGUUAUAAUGUUUUAAUGUUAGAUAUAUAAGUAUAUUAUAUGUAGUAGGCUUGAUUGGUCACGAUUUUAUAAGGAUAAGGUUAAUAGCGUUCGUUAAUUGCGACAUAUUUGUCUAGUGAAUUUCCAAAUUAAGGUAUCUACUGCGUUAUAUAGAGCAUUUUUAGGAACUUUAAAUGCAUUUUUGUGGUUUAAUAGUGCAUUGAAUUCAGAGACCUUUUUCCUACCUUUAUAGACUCCCUCGGACUGAGCCGGGGGACCACUUCAGUAUUGUUUUCCGUGGCCUAGCCUACAUUCUUAGGCAGAGCCAUCAACCGGGGGGGGGCAAGACAGUCUAAAUAGACAGCUAUACGGGCACAUGGCGUCAUCAUUUGCACCUAGUUGACGGAUCCGCAACCGACCUCGCCCUUUUAUCUCCUUCGCCAUUAUAAUGGCGAAGAAGAUACCCCUGGACCGGAGUGCUGCGUCCGCCUGGGAAAUAUCAAAUGGGUCCCGUUUUUAAUAUUUUUCUUUUUCAUAGCCCGAGUACGUCCGCAGUCGUAUUGAUGCAGUCUUAGGCUAACUACCUAAUUUUUACCUAUUUAAAAAAACUGAUAAACUUAAUAAUUGAUAAAUUGAGGAAACAAAAUUUUGUUUUAACUUUAAUAAUAAAACUCAAUAAGACUAUGGAGUAGGCUAGUAGUCGUGUAAGAACUAGGCUAUGCUCUUUUCUACUUUAAAGUACAACUGGUUGCGGAAAAAAAGUAAGUUUUCGCGCAUGCGUUCCCACUCCUAACCAGGAAUGGGAACGCAUGCGCGUUAUAACCAUCAGUACCGCUUCGUCCACUCACCCCAGUGGCAUAUUUAAGGGAGGAGAUCAGGAAAAUAUAUCUCCCCUUGAACAUUUUUUUUUAAGAGUUAUAUUAAUAAUAUUUCAAUGUUAAUGUCAGAGUAUAUGAGUUAUAAAUUUAAAGUUAGAUCGUUUUUUGUUUUAGCCUAGCCUAGCCUAACAAAAUAUCGAUAACAUUCUGUUUUAACGGCCUCACAACAAACGCGUAUUUUCUCGCACAAACGCACUGUUUUAAUUUAAAUUAUCACUUCAAUUUACGUUUUAAGUAAUGUUAUUUUUCUAUUUUUCUCAAUAGUUCAAACAGUACAAAAUUAUGCGUGUAUAUUACAAUGAUUUAUUUGGCGGUAGGUAUUUAAAUAUUAUGAAUUGCCGUAUACACUACGACAGUGGUGAUUAUACGACGACGGCGUACGAUCCGUAACGAUUGUUUCCAAUAAAUUAAUUAGAAAGGUCCGGCAAAGUUCAGAGCUCAUUCGGGUAUAAUAGUAUGAACAGUGUGAACUGAUGUACUCAUAAGUUGAAUAAAGUAUAGUUAACGAGUGUAGUGCCGUCAUCUUUCCGGUAACUUGCUACUGAAUUAGUGCAGUCAUUCUAACAUUUUUAAAAAAUUUAACUACUAUUAUAUUAGUACCUACUCUAAAGAUAAUGUAUUCUGUAUCCAUUUUAUAACACUCAACCAACCUAAAUGGGUGUGAUCACUAAAAGAUAAUAAAAUAACCUAAUAUGUUUGGGUCAGUUCACCUCCUCGUGGUGCACCCUGGGUGACUUUAAAUAAACUGGGACUCAUUUUAGCUAUGUUGAAAAAAUUGUCUUUUUUAUUCAGACGCACUCAGGGCAUUGUAAUAAUAUUACUUUACGUCAUAUUAACUCAAUUAAAAAAGUUCACCACAUUAAAUGAUAAUACUUUCACGUAAUAUUAUUUCAUUUGCAUUUAAAUGGAUAUAACAGAGGUGGAUUUUCAUAAGCGAAAGAACGGAGAAGUACGUUCGGAUAGGUAGGAUUAUUUAUAAUUUGGAUUCUUAUGUUUUACCUAAUACUUAUUUUUUUAUUUUUUUUUUUUUUAACUUAUAUUUUUUAUUGAUACUUGUAUUUUAAUUUAAAGUUUAGAAGUUAGAACAUUGCUUUACUUAGCCUGCAGAAUCUAACCUCCAUAAAGACUUAUAAAGUAGACAAAUUAGUUUAUUUUUGUACGAGUAUUUAUUAUUUAAUUACACGAAUAUGUAUUUAAUUAUUAUUGAAAUUCCGAUGGAUAAGCUUGUGGAGCAACCGUCAAAUUUUGUAAACUUUCGACCGAUCAAUUAUUCCUAGUCCAACCCCACUCAGGCCGAAGUACUUCGAGUCUAUCUCUGGGGUAUGAUAAAAAAAAAAAACUACAUUUUAUAAUUAUUAUAGCGUUUCUCAAGGAUAGGAAAUAUGUAAAUGAUAAAUAAUAACUCGGUUAAUUUAAUUUAAAAAAAUUAAUGAGUUAACACGUUAAAAGUCAAUUAUAGUUUUAUAACUAAUUAAGUAAGGCUUAUAAUUAAUUUUUAAAUUUAAUUAACUUAUUAAAAGUUUAGUUUAAAAAAUAUGUUGGCUCUUAUUAAGUUAAUCAAAGCAAUCUAUUAUUGGAUAUAUUCGUCAUUUUUUUCCAAUUUAUAUGGAUAAAUAUUUUUUUUUCGUAGAAUUCACGUAAAUGAUGGAAAAAAUGAUACAAAAAUGUACCAUGAAUUUAUGAUAGAAUUCGUUUAAUCACCAUAAACAGUUGAUAAUUGUAAACGUACAAAUAGAGCGGUGCACUUUUGAAAAGACUAUGGUAUUUGUAAACAAAUACUGGUAGGAAAAUUCUACGGGAGAAGACUCAGAGGUCACCCCAGCAAAGGUGGAUGGAAGUACCACAAGGAAUAGAGAUAGAAGAGGGUAUAAAUAGGGAGAGGUGGUAUGAAAUUGUGGAAGUAACGAAAGCCUUAAAUGGGCUGUAAAAGCUUAAAAAAAAAAAAAAACGAGACGCAUAAAAUUCGUAAUUAUUUUAAUUAUUUUAAGUAUGGGGAGUCUAGUCUAGUCUAAGGGUGAGUACUGAGUAGUAUGUUUAGUUUCGGUCGUUUCAUCGACUAAACAACUAACAACUAUUACAAAUAUUUAUUAAAGUUUAAAACUAUUGCAAUAUUAUAGUAGCUUUACCUAUAUACGAGGUAGGUACUUGAUACGGAUCUGAUUGUUAUUUUCUAUUAAAUACAAUUGCGUUUGUUUCGUAUGUGAACGACAUACUUCGGAAUACGAUUCGUGGCAGAAACUGGACGGUUAAUAUAGUAUAAGAUAAACAAUAAAAAUACUCAACAAUCGACUCGAUCAUUUAAUUAAAAUCACAUUAGAAAGUUCAGCCGUCGACUUACCGCUGCUGCUGCAAAAGUCAAGCGUGGUAAUAAGAAUGCCGAAUCACGGAAAUGGGCCUUUGGCGGAUCGUUUGCGAAUGAUAAAAUCAUGCUAUACGAGCUGCACUGCACGAUAAAUCUUUGAGCCGACAUCUCCAAAACCGAUUCGUUUCGUUUUUACCAGCAGUGCUGUCAUACCGUAAUAUAUUGCUUACUCGAAGCCAUUAAAAGUUCACGAUUUUCAAUACAAAACAAACGGUUUUUACCUAUAAUUUUUAUUUUAUUUCUCCCCCUCCCCCUAAAUUUGUACAUAAAUAAAAUCUGUGAAAAUAUUUUACUUAUAAUUAAUAUGGUUAAUCCGAUUUGCAGUGGGGUUUAGAGAAAAUAUAUUUUAGAGAUCAACAAAAAGUGGACGAUUUCGACGGGAUAGAAAUGCCCGUAGGACUCGAAACCCAAAAAUAUAUGGAUAACGUUAUAACAGAAACUAAUAUGUAUAGAAUAAAUAUUUUCGGGAAGGCCGAGCACAAUAUGGGAAGACGUAGUAAAAAAAGGACACGUUAGCUUUAGAAUGUGGGCCAUAUUGGACGAUGAGUGUAUUGGUUUUGAAAGAGACAGGGUGGUUCUAGAGGCCGAAUAGACUCAAAUAAUAAUAACCAUAGGUACUCAUUCGAGCCAUCGAGUAUUUUACACUAUAUAAUAUCUAAUAAGGUACAAAAAUUAACAUAAUAUAGUUAUGCCGAUUUCUAGGUUAUUAUUUUUCCUCGCAAUAUUAAACUCUUGUUGAGAGAUUAAAAAAAUGUGAAAAAUGUCAAACCCUAUAACACGAGAACUUGUACGGUAGUAUAUUUUACAAACAACUUUUAUAUUCAGAUCGUAAGUCUUCAUAUAGAAUAUGUUUUAACAAAUAAUCGAGUAAAAUAAAAAAAAAAGAGAAAAAAUUAUAAUACACAGAUUAUAGGAACAUAAUAGGAAUCAUACACUUAUAAUUCUACUUAUAAAUUAUAUACUAAUAAUUUUAUAUUAAAUCGAUUAUUUUGUAUCAAUACCCAUACUCAUGUACAUGAUAAGUACGCGUUUCACUUUAAUCAGAGAACGAAACAAAACAUAAUUUAAACACAAAGGAACAAAAAUUGAAUAAAAUAUAAUAAUAAUAAUAAUACUCUAGUACAUAAAAAAUCAUUUUAUUCAAUUAUAUUAAAAUAUAAGUAUGUUUAAACAUAGGGAAUCUGAUUUUUGGGUAUGGGAAGAAAUUUAAUAUCCUUUUUAAUGCACCGUACGGAAAAAAAGCGAAAGUAUUUUUUUGCUGAAAUCCAAACAGAGUAUAAUACAAUAUGUAAUAUAGAAUAGAAAUAGAGAAAAAAUAGUUUUUUUUUUUUCCAUCAAGAGAGCUUUCCGUUUAUAUAUCGCCAUGGACAAAGGACCGUAUACAAUGUUGGGCAUCUCGUAAGUAUCCGGUCGAACGUGGGUCGUCCUUGCUUAAAUACUUUUUUGAACAUUACUUUGAUUUUUUUUUUUUUUGUCUUAAAACAGUUUUUUCCAUGAUAUUAUUAAAUAACAAAUAUAGGUAGAUACCACAAAUAUUUUUCGAAAUACUCACAUAAAAGUAAUACCAACUGUAUAUAGCAAUAUGUGAGCUUUUUUUGUUUUUUAUCUUCCUUUGAUAAAUAAUUUAUAAAAAAAAUUCUCAGUAAUAAUUUCCCUUCUUAAGUUUGAUAAUUUUCGGACAGUUUUGUUUACGAUAUUAUUAAAAUUAUAUUAAAUAAACCAUUAUAAUUUUAGUAAUUUUAAAAUAUUAUAAUUUUGAAAAUCAGCUAUACGGAAAGAAAUUUAUUUGUAAUACACGAGUGAAAACAUAUUUUUGAAUACCUAAACUUUGAAUGUCAUAAUUCAUUAAUUAUUUUAUUCAAAAACAAUAAUUUUAAAUGGUAUGUCAACUUCUAGAAAAUUAUCCUUUCCGCAACUGUUUUCAGUUCUUCUCGAUUUCUCAAAGUCGUUUAAUUUAAACUCAAAUAAUGAACUUCUUCAUCUUCUGACAAUUACAACUAACGAAGCAUAGUUUUAAACAACACAUCGUCCAUCUAUCUAUGCCUUUAAUCACGUCCCUCCAAUCCUUUACUCUCAGAUUCCUUAGGUCCUCUUCAAUAACGUCGAUCCAUAAAUAUUCUGGGUCUACCAAGAGGUUUCUUUCCGAAAAGUUUGUAUUAUGGCGCUUCUUUAAAGUUACUAUCGUCGCUUUUCCCCAUUACAUAGCCUAGCUAUUGCAGUCUUUGUCCAUUAGUAAAAUUUAUCACUGACGCUAAGUCUUUAGUAUAAGCAAAAGCAUGCAACUUGAUUACACAUAUAUCUUUUUCGUAAAUUAUUUAUUGUAUCAUCAUGAAGAGAGCCACGGCAUGUUCUUCCCCGUGCGUGUAUUCUGUUUUUAAACGUGUUUAGUUUUCUUUCGGUCUGGUGAUUUGUUGUCUAUGCUCCACAGCCGUAUAUAAAUCUAUAAGAGCUUUGUCUUAUUAUCGCUAUUAUCGUGGUUCGGAUAGAAAAUGUUUCGUCAACGUAAAAUAUGUUUUUUUUUUUUAUUUCAUCCACCUUAAUUAUACGAACGCUUAUCUCACUGGCCCAGUCAUAUUUCGUGCUUAACGUCGCGCCUGGAUACUUAAAAGCCACGAUUAGUAACCAAAGUUACGUUGUCUCGGCAAACCGUAUAACGUUUUUUUUUGAGAUUUUCUACAUAUCAAACUACAUUUAGGUCACCUAAACUAACAUAAUCACCGAUACGUUUCUUGAAUCGGGUCAUAUUAUAAUCAUGAAACAAGUCGUUCCGACCGAACAACACAAGUACCGAUACAUUAUUAUUAUUAUUAUUAUUUGGAGACGCUUUCAGUUUACCUCGACGUUCAGUAUUACAUUUUAUGGGAGUAUUGUAUCGCGCAUCUGCGGACAAAUUGAAACCAAACGUGACAUUUUUCCAUCUAAACUUUUUUGUUUUUUAUAUAAUAUAUUUCAUCGUCUGGCGAAAUGGGCGUCCUAAAAACUAAUUAUUUCCGCGCGUAUAAAAACCGUAUAAUUUAUAUACUCUAAUAUGAUCUUUGGUAAGUUUAUUAUAGUCAAAUAAUACGAUUACCAUAUUGUUGUUGCAAUGAGGUGUGCGAGGUACGAUCUGAUAAUAAUUGCGAAGCACAAUUGAGUCGCUCUAUACUAAUAAAUUAAACCCAAUAUAUACGAGUGAACUUUUCGUGUUCUAGAAACUGCGCGCGCGUUAAGAAACUUUCAACCGGACGAAUCUAAUUAAAGUCGUUAGUAUUAUUAUUUUUUCCACCGCUAAAAUUCAUUUUAAAAACAUCGAGAUUAAAAUUUAAUCCGGUUUCAACAAUACAAAAAAAACAUUACGUUAUUCGAAUUUCGCAAUCUUUUGCUCGCCAUCUGCAGAUUUUUACCGUUGCAAUUUCGUUCCUAUUGUUCAAAUUAGAUAGGUAGGUACUAAAUAAUAUACGAUCUUUUAUUUCUUCUUAUAUUUACGAAACCCCUGUUCGCCGGCUGUUGUUGACUAAUAUAAUAUUGAAUUUUCGGCGCAUUCUCGUAAAGUACUUGUACCUACGGUCUCGAGUAUAAACCAUAUUAUUAUUUUUUACCGUCGACCUUAUGUUAAUAUAUAAUACGCGCACACGAGAUACAAUAUUACGAUUCGUUUUUAAAUAUAAGGUGAUUGUUAUUUUUUUAUUAUUCUCCAACGAUUAUCUUAUGGACAAUUUUGAGGAAAUAGAUUUUGGUAUUUAAAGUUUUUUUUUUUUAAAAUUACAUAAUCGUUUAUAAUAUGAUUUUGCAUAUAAUAUUAUUUAACGCUCAUUCCGUUUGUGCCUAAUAUCAACUAUUAAUUUGAGAAUUGAAACCCCUCCGCCCUUAUCUAUCCAGAUUCGAAAAGAAAAUAUUUGUCCGCUAGUAUUAAUCUCUGCACAAAUCUAAUAUUUGUUACACCAUUUAUAAGGUACGAGUUAUAACCGUUUCAAAUUUAGACCGGAGGAACGGAGGGAGUUUAAAUUGAUAUGGAAAGCAUUAUUCCGUAUUAUUUAUUCUUCCGGUCCAAAUUUCGAACUGUUAUAAAUUAUAACUCAUAUUAUACGGUGCAAGUAAAAAUUGUCAAUUCUAUAAUCAUGAGUAUUGUAUUAUACUAUUGUUAAGUAUAUUUAAAAAAUUACAACCAGUCGGACCGUAUUUUUUUUUUUUUUAUCUUGGUCAUUUGAAAAUCAAAAGUUUUAUUUAAUUUAUGAUAAAACGUGCAGAGGUAAAAAUACAAUUUAAACAAUUCCAUAACGAUUGCAAGAAAAAAAAAAUAGAAAUAAAAUUUACAAAAAUUCCUCCGAGAAAAUCGAUGGAUCGUAAUUAUAAAAAUAUCAUUCCGUACGUACGGGUAAUACUGGUAAAUCUUCAUAGCGGACUGUUGUUCUUAUACAGACUCUCGUAUAUCUAGUAUUGUGUACGCGUGUCACAUAAAUAUAUUUAUACGCUUUUUUAAUCUCUCCUAUAUAAUAUAUAGUUUAUAUUUCCGUUAUUAAUAAUUUCUGCAGUUCAUAUCCGCGAGAAAGUUUUCAAUAUUACUCCGAGCGAAACAAAUAUAUACGUGCCGUACAUGUACAAAACGGACCCGAAGAAAACUCCUCAGAGAAUUACAUUUGACGAAACAAAGUUUUAAAAAAAAAAAACUAAACAAAACCAACAUAUUUCGAAAAAUAAAAUAGUUGUAACCAAUUAUUGCGAUUUCAUCAGCUAUAACGAAUCGAACGAUGUCACAACUCACUUUUUGUUAUUAUUAUUUCUAAUAAUAUCUAAGUGACGUUUUUCCUCCACGAUCGUCGUCCGCUCAGAUAACACAGCCUCAUAAUGGUUGAGAUUUUUUUUAAUUAUUAUAUCUUUAUAAUUUCUUUUUUUAUUACACAGUAAUUCUCUAGUUUCAAGGUAAAAAAAAUAAUUGGAUAUUUUUAAACUGUUGUACAUUUUUACGUAACUUCUUCUUUUCUUUAACGAGUAAUAAUGUCACUUUGAAAAGAUGGACAUACUUUGCACUUACCUCGUCAGUAAGCCACUGUUGUAAGUGAGAAGUUGAGAAGGUAGAGGAGAAAUGUACUGUAUAUCUGUACGGAUUCUAAUCAACGAUUCACAGUUGCUAAAAAAAACGAUUCUGAGCGGAGUUUGGUUAAUAGUGUUGCUUUGUCAACAAUAUAUAAAUAUUAAUGUUAUACUAUGGAAACAUAAUUGAUAUUUGUUGUAUCACAAUGAUAUUCAUUUAAUAUUGUACCUAUUUUCCGUUUUUCUCCGUUUUUUUUUUCCAUUUAAUUGGAUAACUUCCAGGAAAAUUAAAAAAAAAAUGACCUUUUUAAUAUACCACCCCAGUCAGUUUUCCUUCCAGAAAAAGUGCUAUCAUUGAAGAUAAGAGAAAAAUUGCUAGUAGAAAAGUUGUCCAUAGAAAAAUAAAUAAAUAAAUAUCAUUGUAAAACCAAUAAAUACCUCGCUCCGCUCAAAAUCUAAAUAAAAUUGAUGUAAAAGCAGUUUAUACCGUUUUAAUAAAUAAAAUAUUAUAAAUUUCUCGUUUCAAUGUAACUUUCAUGAAUAGUGAUUACAUCGUACUUCUUUUCCGUCUGUUAUAUACACGUAGCGUGAUGAUUCUCCGUGGAGGGGAGGACUAGAGCUCUGUACAAAUUGUUUACAUAAGUACAUAUUUACUCGUACGUGCAGUUUCUCCUACCCCUCUCAUAAAUAUAAGUUAUUAUAAGAAGAGAGUUUUGUAGAUCCCUUUGUAUUAUUAUAUUAUUGUAGUCGAUAUAUUAAACAAUAUCCAUACAAUUUAAUACUCCCGUCAAAAACACACAUAAUAUUUUUUUAAACAUAUUGUAUUAAAAUAUGAAUACUUAAAACCUGAAAUUUAACUAUUAUAAUAAAAGUUACUCAAAUUAGGUUUUAUAAAUAUCUGAGUAGGUACUUAAAAUGUAAAGUAUAAAAAUGUCAAAGUUAUAUCAAAUGUCAUUUUUAUUUAAUUGGAACCGAUUAUACUUGAUAAGGUUUGUCAUCACAUAAUACGACGUCACACCAAUCCCGCGUAUUUAAUAUCUUUAAUACAAAUAGAACACAUUAAAAAUUUUAAUUAAAUUUUUGCUUUUAUGGCAGAUAAUAUUAUUAUUUGAACAGCGAUAUAUUAUUCCAGCAAUUAGUGACACGAAAAUAUAAUAAUAUUAUUUUUGGCAAUAAUUAUUCUGGUUUUAUAUAACCUAAUGCAAUGUUUUUUGUGCGAGUGUUUAAAAGGGAGUCGCUGUCACCUUCACAGUAUCAGUCUAACUGACAGGCGACGCAGAAAAAUCGUACUGUUUAAAACGUAAAUUGUGGCGUUUAGAUUGAUAUUAGAAAUUAAACACGAAACCAAACCUAAAGAUAAAAAAAUAUCUUUGAGAGAUGUGCGAGACUUCUAUUUAAAAAAUUAUAAUAUAAAAAGUAACAGAUAUUUAAAUAACAAAAACUAACGUGACUAUGCCAUUUUUAUCAUAACCUUAGGAUAAACUACGUACACCUCUCGAAAAUGUUCUUUUUCUUUAAACUUUGAUAUUGGCGUCUUAUCUCAAUUUCAAUUUAAACUGUACAAUUUAUCUUCCAAAAAAUAUAAUUAUUCUGUAUUGUCCGUUAGUUAUAUUGAAACAGUAGAUUCAAUAUAUUUGGCGUCCUCUUAAGGCUAUCAAAUAAUUUUUAAUUCUGUGUCAGUUGUUCGUUGAAUUCAGUAAACCUACGAAAACGUUAUAAUACGCAUAUACUCGUAUAGCCGAUAACGUAUAUAAUAUUAUUUCGUUAUAAUUUUAAUUUAAUUUAUAAAUACUUUUAUUUUGUUUCGUUUUUUUGUAUAUAUAUAUAUAUAUAUUUUGUUUUAAAUGUGUUAAUAAUUAAUGUAAGAACUUUCAGGAGAAGUUUUACACACGUUUGAGAUUCUGACAUAAAUUCUGAUACAACUAUCGUUUGAUAAAUGUGACAUGACAACUUUACCAAUAUAUAAUAUUAUACGUAUACAUAUAUAAAUACUAUAAAUUAAUACUUACUCACUCAAAUAUUUCAUAUUCAUAAAACUUAAAGUAUUCUGUGGUUUUUUAUGAUUUAAGUUUACGCCAACGGAAUAAUAAAUAAUAUCUUUAGAAUUGCUCAUUUAGAGUGUUUUACUAAUUUUAAAAUUUCAUGUGACACUUAUGAAAUACACUUACGGAAUAUAUAUCCACAUAUACUAUCAAACAAUUUGUUUGUAAAUUCGGUUUUGAAAUUCGUUUUUUUAUGCGGUCAGGCAAUUUUCUACGUUUCUUAAUUUUUUGAAAAAAAAAACAAAACAAAACAAUUUAAAAGUGUUGUUUCACUAUUUUCUUAAAAACAAGUUAUUAGAGUCUUAAAUGGAGGUUUACCUCAGUGAACAAUAGCGCUGGUUUAUUUUUUGUACUAAUUUAUUUAUUAUAAUGGACAAAAUACUUACUCAUUAUUAACCACCAAUAAAAACAUCACUGCUAAGUAUGAUAUAAAACCAUAUGAAAACUGCAACAUUACCGACUGUCAUAGUUAAAAUAAAAAAUAAACAUUAUGGAUAAAUAUCAGGGUAUUAACCUAAAAUAAAUAACUUACCGUAUUAACGGUGCCCAUUACUAGAUACAUUGUAUAAUUAUAAAAAUACACAAAUAAUAUGAAAAUUCAGAAGAUUUAAAAACAGAUUAUUCACUAAACGAAUAGUCAAAAAGUAUGAAAGAUUUAUAAUACUAAAGUAAGAUUAUACUGAUAAGCGUAUUGAAAAAUAUUUCAUUAAAAAAAAAAAGUCUGAAACAUAAUGAAAUAUGGCCUUAGAGGAAAAUAUAAGAAGCGGGAAAUCAUUGUGAGAAGGGAUUUUCGAUUACUUGUUUCCAAGUAAUAUAUACCCAGUUAUCGCGGAAGUGGAAGGAAGAAACUUUAAUAAAAAUUUACCGUCUAAUUAUUAUAACGUCUACGAUAAUAUUGAAGUAUCCGAAGAGCAUUGAUUGGAAAAGUCAUCCGCGUGCAACAUAUAUAUAGGUACCGUAGUAUAUGUAAACAGGAUAAAUGCGUACAGUAAAUAAUAAUUACCUAUAAUAAAAGCAACUUUAGUGGGAGUACUAGUACUUUACUUUUGGAAGAAGAAAUAAAAAUAUAUAUAUAAUGUAUAUAACGUUAAGAAAAUGGAAAAUAUAUGGAAUCUUGAUAAGUGUAAGUCGAUUAAUUAAUUUCAAGACGUAAGUUGCUUACUAUCUUAACGUCGAUCAUCGGGGGUUAUGUGCGAUUAAAAGUUCCAACAGUAACUGUUUUUUUUUUUUUUUUUUUUUUUUUGUAAAAAGCUACAGGGUAUCCUUCCGUUUUUCCCGAUGAUAAUAUCUCAGUUGGUAUUCAUUUUUUUUUUCUUCCAUCAGAAUGGGGGUGUUUAUUUAGAAAAUUUAUUAAAUUUUCCAUCCCUUAAUUACUGGAAAAAAAUAACUUGUUAAUUAGUGUAUUUGGAUAUUAUUAGAUAUUAUUCUAUAAAAUUGUAACCUUACAUGCAUACAAUAAAUCUGAUUAACAGUUAUUUAGUAAUAACCGUUUUAAUUUCUAGAAAAUAAAACAGUUUAUAUUCAAUAGGUUACUACUUACUACUACGUUACGUGAUAAGGAAUCAUAAUCGCAGCCCUGUAAUAAAAACAAAUCAUAUCCCUCAUUUCUUCCUUCUUUGGAAAAAUUUAAACAGGCAUUACUAAAAAACUUUCUAUCGGAUGUUAUGCUCGUAUGUAUGACAUAUUAACAUUUUUAGUAAGUACUUAUAAUAUUUUUUUUCAUACUGGCAAUUCUGAAUAUUUUUAAAAUUACAAAAAAAUAAAAGGUUUUUUUUCUAUUUUUCUAGGAUUCUUUUUUUUCUUUUUGAUCUAGUGAUUAAAGCGUGAAAAUACAAAUUUAAACUUCUCUAAAUAUACUACCUCUUCACAAAAUGAAAAAAAAAAAACAAAAACAAAAUUUGAAUAUCAUCAACAGAGAUAUUAGCAUUGGGAAAAUAUGCUGGAAAAAUGGACACCUAUUGGGGGGAAAGGGGGACAUAUCCCCCUAGAAAAUAAUAAAGUAUCAAAAAGAAUUAUGUAUACUUUAAAUCCAUCAUCAUUUUAAAAUAAUUAUUUCGUGUUAUAAUGAUUCUUAUACAAUGAUAUUUGUUAAUUGCUAUUUAUAAACUGUUGUUAUUUAAAAAUAAAUAAUCUAAUUGUCUACUCAAAUGUAUAACGUAAACUAUAAACAAUAGAAUAUUAUAAUGUCUUCAUUUAAUUUUCAGCAUUUAAUUGUUUGUUUUUUUUUUUAAUCUAAUGUUUACAUAAUUGCAAACCCUUUCUUCCUCAUGCCUCUUCAAAAAAUACCAUCUUAGCCAUCUUAUAAGUUAUUAAUAAUAGUUUUGGAAUCUAGUUUUGUCUCCCAUUUGAAAAUUACCCUGUGGGCGCCUUUGGCUGUACAAUGUCCAGUAGAAUAUUGAAAAAUUUGACUACGACACAUCUUUGAAAUUAUUAUACACCAUUUUAUUCACACAGCCAUUCAAACUCUUCAAUUCAGACUUGAUUUGAACAAACAGUGAAAAUAUUAUAAUAAUAUCGAUCUUAAAAUGUUGGCCAAAUACAUAUUUAGCUGCAGAGUUAUUUUUUUCCGACUACCUAUAUGAUGGUACAUUAAUAAUCUGUUUUAAUCGAAAACUUUUCCCAGGGUAUACUACAUGACAUUGUAUUAUUAUUUAAUUGAUAAAACCACGGACUAAGAUAAUUUGGGCCGGUAUCGAACAGUUUACCAAUGGCACUAAAUUGAUGUGAAGGAGACAAGUUUAGGGGGUUAAAAUGUAACACCAAAUUAAACUAUUGAUAGUACAAAAACCAGUGGAUUUGCAGUGUUGUGAUAACAGAAAAAAAUUGAUAUGCGGUCCAUCCGUCCGUCGUCCGGUCCAAACGACUUGCAUCAUUUCAAGCAUUUUUCGAAAUUUCCAAUAUUUAAAAUAUAAUGUACAAUAAAUUAUAUUAUAAUAUAUAACAUGUAUAAUAUUUGUAAGUAUGAUAGGUAACAGCCAAUCAUUAUUGUAUUAUCUAUAGUCCCCCAAAGUCAUACGAACUAAAACCUUACACUUUUUUAAACACUUGUUCUUAAAAUACAAUAUUUGUAAAUUAUUCGAAUACGUAUUCUGAAUACUAUAUUCUAUAUGUAUACAAAUAUUUUUUCCGAAUACUUUUAAAAAGUAUUUUACCCUAGUCUGACAGACGGUACUUAUAUUUCAUUACGUGCUUUCGUUGGAUUCUCUGUUGAAAAAUAAUAUAAAUUUGUUUGGAUUAGUUGCUGCUUGUCUUUGAAUUUAUAUUAACAAAAUAACUAGGUAGGUACGUGAAUAAUUAAAAUUACAUAAUCUGAUUAUUUGUGAAUCAAAUCUAAUCCCAUUAGUAUAAUUAUUUAGCUGUACCAUAAAACGCGCAAACAGAAAUAUUUAUUUUGUAAAAAUAAAAAAAUAACCGGACAUACUUCGUACAAUGGUUGGGCCACUAUUGUGACGUGAGAAGUUGAGAAGAUAGACAGGAAAUUUAAUGUAUAUCCGCAUAAAACGAUUAACUAUUUCUAAAGAAAAACGAUUCUGAGCAGAGUUCGGCUGUACAUGUUUUAAAUUUUAACAAUUUCAAAAUAAUACAUUUUUCCGUUUUUUCUUUGUUUUUUCCGAUUUUUCUUAUUUAUUAUGAAAACCACUGAGAAAAUCUAAAAAUCACAUUAUUGAAAUAUAAUUUCACCAGAACUACAUUUCAGAAAAGAUGCUACACUGGGAAUUCCGGGCAAAACAUCUGGCAAAAUACAGAAUUAUGUAAAAUUAUAGUAAUCAAUAAAAUAUGAACAUCAUUGUAAAACCAAUAAAUUCCCCUCUCCGCCAAAAAUUUAAAAGGUAAACGAAUUUGUUUAUCACUCAAAAAUAUUCCCGCUUUUAAGUUUCGUUUUGUGAAUAAACCCUGAUAUCCACCUAAAUGCGCUUUACGCUUUAAAUAAAGCGAUUUUUCUACAUUGCACGCCAAUUAAACUGAUACAGUGAAAUCGGCAUCCUACUUGAACUUGGUUAUUAUUUGAAAUAAAAUUAUUUAUGCCGCUAUGAUUCCAUCAUUAUAUUAACAUAAUAAUAUACAUUAUAUAAUGCCGUAUAGACUAUAUUAUUAUACUUAAAUAAUCGUAUUAGGAAUUAACUUUAGCAUAACCAAAUAAUAUAAUAUUAACUAAAAACACAAACGUAUACAAACAUUAUGAAUUCCUCAGAAUUUCACUCAAAGUACUUAACCGUUUGGAUAGAUAGUGGCGGAUAAUAUUAUGUUUAUUUAUUUAUCCAUUUUUUUUUUUAAACGACCGUAAUAUUAAAAUGUACGCCAUAAAAUAUUAUUACUUACCUUUAUUGAAUUAUGUACGAGUACCCAUAUGAAAUUGUCAUGUUAUGCUAAAAAAGAUACUUUAUACAGGGUGUCCAGAAUAGUAUAAUCUCUCUAGAUAAUAAAAUUAAUCAAAUUAUAUCUUGUUUAUAGUAUCUACUCAUAGAGAUGAAGACUACAAAUAUUAAUAUUUCAGUUCAUUUUUUAAACUUUUUUUAAAAAUUUGAAGACAUCCAUUUUAUAGUGUAAUCAACUAUAAUUGAUAGUGUAUACUAUUAUAAAUAUUUUGACAUACCAACAUUUUAUUUUCAUUAAAUUCGUAAUUUUUAAUAAUAUUUCCAAAAGCAAAUUUAGCAGGUAAUAUAAAUUUAAAUAUAAAAAAAAAAUCCACCCUAGUAUAAUGGGAACAGGUGGUGAUUGCGAUUAACGAUUAACCAUUACUAACGAAAAAAACAAUUCUGAACGAAGUUCAGUUGAUAGUGUUGCUUUGUCAACAAUAUAUAUAUAUUUAUCAUAUUGUGGUACAAUCAUUACAUUCAUCAUUACAUAUACAAUACGCAUUUUCUUUAAUAAUACUUGUUUUAUAUUGUACCUAUUUUUCCGUUUUUCCCCGGUUUUCAAAUAUUUUUCAAGGGUUUUCUAAUGUAUUGGAAAAGCUCCCGGGAAAAUAAAAAACUGAUAUUCCUAUAGGUUAGUUCUCCAGUCAGAUUUACUUUUAGAAAAAGUGCUAUCACUUUAAAGUGUUAAAUCAGAACAAAAUUAACUGGUAAACAUGUUUUAUAAGAGCUUUUAGUUAAUUUUUAAGUUAAGUUUUCAAGAAGCUUAAGUGCUUUUUCGCUCUACUUAGAACGUAGAAUAUUUAUAAUAAUAGGUACAAGUAUCUACAAUUCUAAUUACAAAUGUUUUAUUUUGUUAAAAAAAUAACUAGUGUUAUUUUUUAUUUAUUGUAAGUUCGUUAGAGUUUUUUUUCCGCUUAUUUAUCAUUAGAAAUAGUAUAUUAAUAUUAUUACAUGCAUUGCAUGUACACUACAGAAUAUAUAUUUUGUAAAUUAUACUUAUAGUUCAUUAGAAGAAAUCUAAUAUAAUAUUUAAUUUUAAUAAAAUACGCUGAACUCGUUCAAUACCACGGCCGAGAUUUCACAAUUUAACUUUGCUCGAUAAUGUUUUAUUGUUGUAAUAUUAUUAUUUAUCCAUAGGAGUUUAAUCAUUUGAAAAAAAUACUGUUUAAAUUUGGAAAUUAAAUAAAUUGUUCGUGUUGGAAAAAUUAUAAAAAUAAUUGUAAUCUUUUUUUUUUUUCUUUAGAACUGCCAAAGGAAAAACCAACCAUCAUAACAGAUAAAGAUAAAUACGAACCGGGCGACACACUCAACGCGAACUGUACGUCAGCUGCAUCUAAGCCUGCGUCCGGUCUGACGUUCUUUUUGAACAAUAUGCCG